CGUUUUCUUGUGUGGUUCAUUUAUUUUAUUAGAGGACAUAUACCAUCUUAUAUGUAAAGUAACAACCUGUCACCCAAUGCACUGACGCAACGUGGAUACUGGUUGAGAAGAUUAUCACAAUAAUUCUAUCACUGGUGCAUUAUGGGACUUCUUAAUCGAGUUGCCGUUCAAAACUGGACCCAAUACUGCAAGUUUUUUAGACAGCGAAAAUUUGUGACUAAAUUAAGUAGCUGCUACCAGUGUACCUCAAGUUCGGUGAUUGCUGAUUCGGAUUUUGAGAAAUACUCGCUAUCUGAAGACUUUCUUGCCAGUAGCAAGGAAGCUGUCAUAGAUGUUAUUUCCCGAGAUGAUUUGAAAAUAAAAGACGAAUCACGAAUAUUCAGUGCUGUCAUGCGAUGGGUGAUGCGAGACAAGAAGGAAAGACAGGUGCACAUAUCGGAUUUGCUGAAUCACGUUCGCUACCCGUAUAUUUUGAAAGAUCCUUCACCAUUGUAUCUGUUCUACUUGGCGAAACAUAAAAUCCCAGAAAUUGCGCUGCUGCACGAAAAACAGCGGAAUUAUUGGAAACUGACAUACAGCGAGAAACUGUGUCAUCACAGAUAUUAUGGUUUACGUCCUCGUCUCUAUGAUGAGGUGCUGGUGUCAUUGCCAGGCAACAGGACAUUUAAGAUGCAAGAGAAAAGUAAAACGUACGCAACAAAAGAUUCUACGACUAAAACGAUAACACUCAAAAACUUUAUCAAGUUUGAUUAUUUUGUUUUUGAGGAUGGAAAGGUUAAACUCGUUGACAGUCCAUUUUGUUAUUAUGACUCGGAAGGACGUAAACCAGCUGCCAUGCAAAUGGUAGAUAAUGGACUUGCUGUUGUUAUGGUUACCCAGGAUGCCGACACCUGGGUGUUAGAUUAUCGUAGCGGACCAGUCAGGGUAACUCCCAUGUUAAAAGAUGCCGCAGACCGUAGAAAUUUUGCAACCAAUCCAUAUAUAGAAUGUAAAAACACAGUUCGAUUGAAAGACGAACUUUACUUUUUUCAUUGCCAGCCAAGUCACUGAAACUUUCAAAAAUAUUCUGCUAUGACAUGUUGGAGGACACGUGGAGUGAGAUUCCGUUACCACUUGAAGAAUAUACAUGUGUCAGCAUCGCUGCUUGCAA